AUGGCUGUUUACAACAAUAACGGACUCUCCAGGAAUUCUAUUUAUGAUCCCCCCAAAGGGCCAAUUCUGGCUCCCGAGAAUGCCCUGAUUAUCUUAUGGCUCGCAGUUCAUGGUGUCCCGAGUCGAUCGAUCGCAUUUGAGCUUCAAUCUCUCAUACCAAUGAAAGAAGGACUCAAUCAAACCACAGCUCCACAGAUUGAACUUGAACGGCAUGUUAGAAUUAUCGAAGAGUUCGUCAUCAAUUCCAUUGAUAGGCUUGCGGGUCCCAUUUUUAAGAAAUGUUGGGGAACGGGUGACUUCAUUGACACCAUCUGGUCGGCUAUCGCAAAGGAUGACUUACUACGCGGAGCCACCAUUCGUAUUCAUCGAGCCCUGGAGCAUGCGUUGUUGGACGAUGGAAAGGAGAUCAUCCCCACUAAUUCCGUACACCGCGCAACCCAACAAUCAAGUCUCUAUGUGAGCAACCCGGAGGACGAGGAAAUGUUUUUACUGUGGAGAAGCAUCAUAGGCCCUUCGCCGAGAUCCUCGCAGAGAGUACCCAAGAGAGUCAGGAAUAUAAUGUCGAAGCGAAACAAAGCCAAUGACAUUCAGCGCUGGAUUGACAAGACCCUAUCCUACACGGAUGGUGGUCGCGACAACGAAAACGUUUUGAUGAUGCAGAUGAUGGAAAAGAUUACACGAACUGGGAUCAUUGAUCGAGAGCUUCCUGGACCGCGACCAUUCUCAGAUUACAUCGGUGGAAAGCUGAAUGUUGCUGACGGAAGAAGAUGGCUACCGAGUUGA